AUGAAAUACGUGACAAUGUGUUCCCUCCUCUCGGUGAUAACUUUAAUAACCGUGUCUGUAAUCACGGGGUGUCAUGGCGAACAAAAACAGACCGAUCCAGACUCGUACAUGAGUCAGCUCAUAGCAGAUUUAUGGCUAGAGGGGGCCGAUGUCAUCCGGAUUAUUUGGCGGGAUUGCUCUAAAAAAUUAGUGGACGUGAAAGACGUAAUAGAUCACAAGGAGUAUUUCCCUAAGUUCGUAAGGUGCAUGAAGAGGAAGACGUUGAGAGCCCUCGACAGGUCACUGACCCCUGAUGUGGUGCCUGUGGCUGAUGGGAUCAACUUGGUGCGGUUUGAACUGGUUGAUAGAUCUGGGAAUGUUAUGCCUGAGAACGAAACCAGUUCCUGGACUGAGAAAGAAUUGGAUGAAGGCGAAUGGCGUACACUCGCUGUACAACGAAUGGCUAAAGUUCUGAAAACUCACGUAAUCAAGUUUGACUUUGACGAUGGAAAAACUAUUGAGAAAGUGGAAUACCGAGGUCGUCGGCGCCACCAAAUGAUGACGAUGAUGAUGUUCGGCAUCGUCUCCAUCGGCAUGGUGCUAGUCCCCAUGGGCUUCCAAUUCCUAGCGGUCCUAGGCGGCAAGGCACUAUUGCUCGCAAAAAUGGCCCUCAUACUCGCAUCAAUACAAGGACUGAAAAAGAUCGCUUCAAGUCCGGUGAACUACGGGUUUUACCACUCGUACCCAUACGACUAUUAUGAGAAGAGGAGUCGGGACGACUGGCCUCCAGCCGGCGUCAUGCCUGCCACGCCUCCUCCCGCCCUCUCCGUUCACAACCCUUGGACUGAUACAGAGAUCGUAAAACGCGAUAGAAUACACAUCGCAACUAACAAAGAACACAAAACAACUAAAGGCCCAGAAAUAGUGACGUGGCAACCCGAAUUACCGAAAGCUGUUAAAAAGGAGGCGGAACCUAGAGUUUAUCCGAUUUACGCUGGACCUUCAGAUGUACCAGGUUCUAUAUUUACCUCUAUCGAUGCUCCUACACCGCUUGCAGACUUGACAACGAGACCUGGUGAUGUGCAAGCAGACUACGCAAUCGAUUUGCCGUUCAAUCGAUUUCAUUUUCAAAGUCCCACUACUGUCGUUUCAGCUUGA